UAUUCACAUUGGAAAAUGGAAGAGAAAAUUUUAACAUUUAAUUUCCUCGAUUGGUAUUUGAGUGAUAUCAAGUUACUCAGGAUUUCAGGGUUGUAUUGCAUCGAUGAAAACGGUAAACUGAUAAUGAGUCAAUUCAUUUACUGUAUAAUAGUGAACUUCUUGGUGUUAUUUCUUGGUAAUAUAUCCAACACAGUUCAACUUUUUGUAACAAAACUUGACGUAGUUGCAAUAGUUACUUCUGGUUAUACUGUAGCUAUAAUUUGGUUGUGUACUUUCAAGUUUUAUUACUGUUUCAAAUAUCGAAAAUCACUUGCAAGAUUAUUCGAAGAUGUUAAUAACGAAAUUUUCCAACCUACUGAUGAAGAAUCGAUUGAAGUUGUUAAAAGAUCAUUUAAAUCAUAUAAAAUUGCAAAAACUGGAUUGGUAAUGAUGUGUACAACAGCCGUGUCAGCUUCGGUAUUAACACCAAUGCUACACAAAAGCGAAGAUAUAGAAUCGAGAUUUCCAUUAAGAUUGUGGUAUCCAUUCAAAUUGGAUUUCGCAGCUUCUCCAACAUAUGAAUUGGUUUAUAUACACCAUGCUUCAUUGGUAGUCUACUCUACUCUGAAUAAUAUAUUUUUGGAAAUAAUAGUAGCCGCUUUUACAACGUUUGUUGGAGCUCAAUGCGACCUUAUUUGCCACAAUAUGGAAACAGCUACAGAUCUCAAAAUGUUGAAAAGAUUUAUUUUCCAUCAUCAAAGUAUCGUCGAUUUCGCAAAACGAGCCGAGGACGUUGUUACAGAGAUGUACCUCUUUCAAUUCGGUGCCACUACCAUUUCAGUCUGUAUGACUUUGUUCCUUUUAUCAGUGGUAGACAAACAUUCGUUCGAAUUUUUUUUCUUCACGAUGUUCAAUUUUGGUAUAACUCUACAGCUUCUUUUACCUUGCUGGUUUUCAACUCAAAUGGAAUCUAAAAGCCAGAAAAUACCAUUCUGCGUGUACUCGCUACCCUGGCAAGACGCUCCAAAUCAUCUGAAGAAAGAUGUUUGUUUCUUUUUGUCUACAACCCAGGAAUUCAUAAUACUCAGAGUAAUGAAUAUGUUCACUUUAUCAGUGGAUACUUAUGUAAAAAUUCUGAAAUCAUCGUUUUCUUAUUAUACAGUUUUGAAUAGUUUCAAGGGAGAAGAUUGAACAAUACUUUUCAAGGAUCACUAUUAUUCACCUUUAUGAAAAACAUGGAAUCAUCAUAAUAUGAAUAAUAUAUUAGAAAAUGUAGGUUUCAAUAAUAAACACUGAGAAGCAAAA